AUGGUCGUGCUCAUCUUAAUCUUACUACCCUACUUUACCCUCGCGGAACACUCAGGUGCCUACUCCUCCCCGCAGUACGCGAAGAAGAUGUUCCCGAAGCAUUACGACGCUCUCCUACCGAAGGAGAGCCCAGCGCGGUUCAAAAGUGAAACAAUUGAUAGAUUUGACAACGACUUUAAUGAAACAUAUCGAGCGUCGUUUUUGAAUUCUGCGGGAAGUUUCUUAAGUGGCGCUGGGGGGCAGGUCGUUUCUAGCCUGGCAAAGGAUUUCAUAGCUCGAUCAACGGGCACCAGUCAGGUACUUAGUUUGAACCUCACCAACCUGGUCAUUCUGAUUGUGCUAAAAGCCUUAGUACUUGCUGCGGGCUUCUUUGGAGCCGGCGCUUGGAAGGGUCACCACUAUGCAAGAAGUUUUGAAGAUAGUAAAAACGCAUCCUACAUCACAGAAGACGAAAUACUACUGUACCUAAGUUACCUUGUUGGACAACAGUCACAAGACUACGGCUGUUUAUACCGUCUAUCUUGCCAAAGGCCGAAACAAGCUGCCAUCUAUGCGUCAGGAGCGGAACUUUUGUUGCAGGGGACUAAACUCAUACAAGGGAACAAUAUUGAUUUGGAACCAUACGAAGACGUCUCCAGAGGUAUUCAGCAGGCAGCCGCUUUAGGCCAACAAGGAGUUUCCUGUGACAGAUACCAGUGUACUUAG